AUGCCAAACAAGUCACAGAAUUUUGGUGCCUGGGUCUUGCUGUUGAUUGUGAUCCAGCUUACUUUGUGGGUUCGAUCAUCUGCAGCUGAGCAAGAUGGAACAUCCAGAACAGAGGUAGACGACAAUGGCCUCCACGACCAAAGUGCAGAGACUCCGGCAGCUUACAAGGCUAGUGACGAGGACGAUGACCCCUGCCGUUCUUACAGAAAUUGUGGCUCUUGCACAUUUUCUCGCUAUCAGUAUUCUCAAGCCACUGAUGCAUCCACUGUAGAAUCACGUCCCACAUGUCACUGGUGUAGCAUAUCUUCCACCUGUCACUCGCCUUCCAAACAACCGGAACAGUAUUGCAUCGAUCGUCGGAACAACAAUCAAUCUAUGGAAGUCUCCUAUCAAUUCGACUGUCCGUUGGGCCCCGUUCCGUAUCCCGAUAAACCACCGGAACUCCUACCAAACUGGAUGCAGGAAUUCCAUCAGGCAGGACUACUCGAUCAUGUUCGAUUGACCGACUUAUCCUUGCCGGGAACGCAUGAUUCCUUGACGUUUGAUUUGUCCUUGACCGUUUCCGAGGAUGGCAUGGAUGGUUUGCAAGAGUUGGCCAAACUCUUGCAUACCCUCUCAGGUGGUAAGAUCAAGAUUCUACCAGGAGAAUUGGAAGAAUUCUUUCGUAUGCAAGCCAAAACGCAACAAUUGACAGUCACGCAGCAACUAGAUAAUGGUGUGCGGUUCCUGGACUUUCGAAUCAUGUGGGAACCGGACAAGAAGGCAUGGUAUUCCAUUCACUUUAUGCAAUCCAAGCACCCCGCCGAAGAGUAUCUACGGCAGAUCCGAAAGUGGUUGGAUGAGCAUCCCCAGGAGGUCCUGGUGAUUUGGUUGUCCAAGCAUGGGAGCACUUCUGCUACGGGUCAGGACCAGUAUCCUGGUGUCUCUCCCGGUCAAAAGGAGCAAUUUUGGAACAAGUACACCUCCAUUUUCAGUGGGCUGAUGCAAGCCACCAAUGAAACAUCCAUCUUUGAAACACCAGUGGCAGAGUUGAUAGGAAGGAACCACCGUCUCGUCACUUUUGCGUCGGACUACCAAGAGUUCGCUCAAUCCUCUCCUUUGGCAAUGGAUGCAGCUCAGAUCCAGAAUUCGUUUGACGGAGGUGAUGGAGUUUUUGAAGAAGCAAACGUGCUACAACAGCACUUGGAUUACUUUAGGAACGCUAGCAUCAACAAUGCCCGUAUCAAUGAUCAGCAUGGCUUUACUCUUCUAGCCAUGAACACAGCAAGUCCGUCGUGGCAAGUUAUCAGCGCAGCCAAGCAUCAGUUCUUACACUGGCUGAAGGGCGACAUGAAGCUACACAACAACAAGCACCUUCGGCUACCUCAGUCAAUGGUGAAAGAGUCCACCAUGUUAGAGGAACAGACACAGGCAGCCCCUCUUGAAUCGAAUCUGUUUCAUUCCUGCUCCUCGCAUAUCAAGAUUCCUGGGAUCGAUCACUGGUGCCCACAGAAUCUGUUUGAUAUCUCGCAGCUAGCCUCGUUUUACAACCAGAUUGCCAUUGAAGUAGCUUACCAUCACAGUUCCAAGGAUGCAAAAAGUCAUGGAGUUCCCUCAGCCUUUCCCAAUGCAUUCUACAUUGACGUCUUGGAUUAUGACGGCACAAUUCGCGUUGGCCCACAACUGAUGGAUGGUUCGGACCGUGGAGACAUGAACAACCCAGAUACCCUGCCAACUAAACAGGCCAAGUAUGGUCUUGUUGACACUGUGUUGGCUUACAAUGCGGGUACGGCUUGCAAUAAGGAAGACAAGAUACAUUCAGGCUGUAAAGCACUCUUGGAUCGACUCGCUAAGAGACGAUCAAAGUAUCCACUUCGGCGGUGGAAAGAGCCGAGGCUAGGGAGGCACGAUGAUUGGCCAAUUUCCGGCAGUGACGCCUCCAACCCUGGAAACCUCCUCCGAGAGGGACGCAGUAUGCAGAGAAACUGA